CCCUAACAAACCCCAGUUUUGUGAUAGGCUAUACCGAUCCUUGCACCAUUAUUAAAUACGGUAAGGGCACAGAACGACAUAAUACAAACGCCGGUGAUAAGGCGGAAACAUUAAGAUGAGUUUUUUCAAGAUGGGAAGAAAGAAAAAGGACAACACAAACCAACAUAUAAUGGAGAGUUUAACUAAUAUUAAUAGACGACUAGAACGACAGGAACAAGCUGUAGAAGAAGAACGGAGAAGGCGCCCGUUAGAAGCUAGUUACGUGCCACCAUUCAAUCCUACCAGAGGAAGCUAUAGUACGGGCGAUAUAACGAGUGUUGAAAACAUACAUAUGCAUCCAAAUCUUCGGCGUUCAAGAGAUGAAAGUGCAUACUUUUCUAGUAGAGGAAGUCUACAAGAAGAAUUUGAACAGCUAAAAGAAAUGCACACUCAGUCUAAUGAGCGACUUGAUAGAACAGAAAAAAUUUUGGAAGAGAACAUGGUAAUGAUGAAACAAAUAUUGAGCGAAUUAAAGAAUCAAACGCCCGAUUCGCCUGCUCCCGAAGUUCACGAGUAUGAAGAAAUCGAUUUUUAUGACACAAUGAGAGAAGACGAUCUGAUUUCAGAGUAUCCUCACAGCAGAGUGUUAUUUUCUUCAAUAAAUGACUUGAAAAGUAAUUUGACCAUGGGUGACAUUACGCAUAGGCUACUAAGCCAAGAAGUUAUUCAUGACGACGAAGAGCAGUCGAUUCAAGCAGAAAAGACGCACAUAAGAAAAAUUCGAAGAUUGGUGUCUAGUUUAGCGACAAAACGCCCUGAGAAAAUAGAACGAUUUUUGGAGGUUUUAAAGAGUGAUCAUUUCAGUAUGUAUCAAAGACUUCAAAAGAAACUCGAAAAAGAAAAAAAGCAACCCAACACAAAGAUCUGCACAGGUUGCUUUAUAGCUAAACAUGUGGAUAUUCGCAACAUUGCAGACACCAUGCUUGGAAAUCUUUCCCUUGAUAAUGGUAUGUAUAAAUAUUUCAGCAACGGCAGCAUAUCUGAAAAGGAAAAAUGGCGGGAAAUGGAAUCGCUUACAUCUUUUCAAGAAAUAAACGUAAGAAAUAGAUUUGUCCAAGCAUUACGCAUAGAGUAUCCCCAGGUAGCAGCAAUGGUAGCAUUCACAAGAGACACCGGGAGUUUAGCAUGUCGAUGUCCAAAUAAACAGAGUCGCCCUUCUAGACGUCAAAGUAAGACAACAAUUAAAAAGAAGCCCGGGAUGCAGUUGGGUAACAUGAUAAAAUCUCAUUACUUUUUUGGCGACGACGACGAUGAUCAACAUGAUGACAUGGGUCAUGAUGAUGACGACGCAGUAACGUCAAUUACAUCGACAACGAUUCACCAAUUUAAUCAAGAACACCAAGACGACAGUUCCUCACACGUCAAUCAAGCUGAUAAUACGAAAUAUUAUCCCCAAAAAAGACGUCAUGGAAGAAAACGCAACAUAAUGCAAGAUUCGAUAACAAGUACAACCCCGGAAGCUGUUAACCCGACUGCGAAUGGAAACUGGUUGAACAAAAUGAUAGCUGUGUUGCUGUUAUUGAUAGCAUGUAUGUUAUUCUAUAAUACCAUCACGAAUACAGAUGUACCCAAUAUACUCCUAAAACUGAAAAUGAAUUUAUUGCACUUUAUGAAUUUAGACAAAGGAAAUAAAACUGUUGUAUAAUGGCGAAAGAAAAACCUGGUUUGUGUAUCUGAGAAUAUAUUUUAUGAGACGGUACUAUGUGCUUUGAGACCAUAUUGGUUUAACUAUAUAUAAUACCUUAGAUAUUGUGACAAGUAGUCAGUAAUCAAUUAUAACUAUGGAUUACGGUGUUAGAUCUAUCAAAUCUGGAUUCCCAAAUUGAUUCUUUUCCGCCAAAUUGACCAAAACUUGUCACAACGGAGAUUUGUCUAAUAAUCGGCCAAGUUGUGAAAUCAGAGUGCGGCUCAUAUGUAUUUCCAUUUGCAGAAGGUUGCAAGAUCAGUAUUUUGUUAAUUUCGUAACCCUCUACCUACCCUUGCAUAUUAGACCAUAUCAGAUAUAAAGAGUAUUCCCACCCACUAAUAUUAAACUAUCACAUAAGAAGAUUAUCCCCACCCCUUUCCUACCCCAGAAAUGUAUCCAUAUCUGUUGUACUUUAAGACGUUUUUUCCCAUAAGUAUAUUUAUAUCCGUUCUACAGCUAAGCAAUACAACAGUCUUAUUAAAAUUACACCAACAUUUCGUUCUGUUAUAUUUUCCGGUAGGUUACUCGAGUAUAUUUCACGUGUGAAAUAGGUUUAUUUAACGUCCGGUUAUGUCUAUGUAAUAUCGCCGACGCUAUGUCUAGAGAUAUUUCCUUACGUAGUGAUGCAAAGAGGGUGAUAAAUCCACCAAUCAAAACCUGUAAUACAGAAACUCUUUUGGAAGGAUUAUAUCGCCAGCGUUUCAUAAUGUCUUCAGAUUUUUAUUUUGUGACCAACUGUAUAUACCGAACGAAAAUAACAUAUACUGGUAUUUUUAAUUAGAUUUGUAAAAAUUAUAUGGUAUAUGUGAUAUUUGUACGGGCCAGGGGGUAAGGGGACAGCUGCCCCCCUAACUUUCGGGCAAUCUGACUUUUCGGGCAGACGAGUAAAGUGAAAACAAAAAUUAUUAUUUCAUCUAGUUGGCAAAAUAAUGUGCCCGAAAUCUUAUAAAACACUAAUUUUACUUUUAAUUGAAUAACACGAAUUUGUACUGAAUUGACUAUGGAUUAAAACAUUUUGUCUGGAGCAA